UCUGCAUAUUUUUAGUGGCAGAUGACUAAGAAAGGUCUUGUGUGCUACUGUUUAGAUUUUUAAGUGUUCAGAAUACAUCCGGUUUUGCAAUAAAUUGGCAAUCUUGCUCAAUUUUUCUUCACGCAAAACCGAAUGUUUGUUGAUAAAUCGAGCGACUUGUGGCAAACUUCAGAGCCACCUGUCUCGCAAUUUCUCUGCUAUCCGACCUGAGUGCACUCAACCAGCGGGCAGUAGUCAGCUAAGCAGAUUUGUAUGAUUCUUAGCUGAUCAAUAGAAGCAUUUUGUCGCGAAUGGUCAAUUUUGAAUUCGUUUUUUGAAUGUUCAAGACGAUUCGGCUUCGUUGCUCGCGUACUUUCGUUCCUUGGUAAUCUGCGAUAACAAUUCCAGCCACGAGCAGUGUUCCUGUAAAGCUUUCAGGCUGCUGCUGUACGUGUUUCGAUUGCUUGCAAGGACAAGGCAUCAACAUUUCGAUCUCGAAGAAAGGGCUAACAAAACCGUAAGUUGUUUGAAUUGCGCGACAAAAGAGGCUCGCGAGGCGCUCCUUACGUUUGUUGACAUGUUUAAUGUUUUAUACAUGCAGAGCACUCCGCUACCCUUUUCCCACCAGCAAGAUUGCGACAAAUUUAACUUGAUUAUUUUCAAAACAGAAGAUUUUUCUCGUAAUGGGUAGGUUUAGGCUUUUCACGAGAUUAACUGUCACUGCAUAUCAUAUGCGCUUUCCGUUAAAAUUCAGCUGACAUCGUGGAAGCAUUUUUCAACGCCGCGUACGCAUUCCGGAAAAAUCUGCUUCAGAGAUCCCGAGAGCGAUUGCAUUCUUGUCAUCCACGCUGCAAAAAUCAGGUGUUUCGCAGAAGUCAAACUCCCUUAUUGUAUGUACGUCGGUACAUCUUUUGUGUUGUUUCAGAACAAUUCCAGGCUUCUUUUUCCACCGAGGCAAAGUAUUGUUUAUGAGGAUAUCUUCUUUAAACCGUAUCCGAUGAAUUAUUAAAAUACAGAUCGAAAAGAGUUCUGUUUCGGUUGGGAAAGAGUGUAGCUUUCCUAUUGCUUUUGUAUAGCUGCGAAAGAUGAGAUUACUUGGUCUUGUCCAUAACGCGGUCUUUUAGAGGUGUUAAAAGUUUGAGGAAGCUAAAUUUCAGUGUUGUAUGUGAGUUCGAUUUAAAGUACAGUUGUUGUGUAGAUAAAUUAGCGGUUGGCAGAGUCGCUCUUGCUUCUGCAACUAGCGGGAAUUUUUUCAUUAUAAAGAUAUGGGUUCGUUUAAUAUAUCGAUAGUUUCUUCAUAAUGUUUUGUAUACCUGGGAUGACUCACAUAAUGUAUUGCAAGUCGUAAAGGAUCGUUUCACUAUAAAUAAUUUAUCACUUUAUGUAUUCACGAUUUAUUUCCUUUAUGCUGUAAACCGUUUCAUGCAAAUGCCGUGGAAUUGAACUAUGAAAAGGGCAAAGAUGGUCUCCAAUUUGACAUGAUACUGUUGUCUUUUAUGUUCGCACGAAAAGGAAAGUUUUACUAGAUCUUCUUAAAUAAUUACUUGGUCCUAUUCCCCGCUGAUCUCGAAUUGAGCUACAGACAAAAGAAUAUUAUGUAUCGUGAGACUCAUGUGUCAUAUUCCAAAGUUUUCAUGGUUUUUGGUCACUUGGGGAAAAUUUAUACCAAAUUAUGUUUCUUUGUAUGACAUUUGUUUCAUCCUGUUUCUUGAUGGUUCUAAUUGUUUUGUCAUUGGGUUCAAAAUCUGUCUUUCAUUCUGGUUCAAAAAUAUCAUCUUUUACAUAACUGAGAAAAAUGUAUGACAAUGGACCGGAACAUUUUAGUGAUUAUUCAAAUCUGUUAUUUUGAGGGUUUUCUUUUAGUGUUUUUUUUUUCUUUCAUUGCAAGAAAGUUUGAAUUAGUCAGAGUUCACUAGCCGAUUAACUCAUCCUUCCAUGUUUGAGCAUUGUAAGUCAGAAGAUUUAAUCUAUUUUGGAUUAAAGGAAAGUUGACUUUGAGUCUCCUUUAAGUUUGACAGGUAACAAAGUUUAUUUGCAGUCUUCUUAAGUGUGGGCACAUUUUUCUUUAAAGGAUGCUUGUCUCUGGUUUGAGCAGUUUAAAUUUCUUGUUUUUGCUCUCAGGGCUAUUUCCUAUGUAUUGCUUGUUUCAGCGAAGAAUGAUAGAACAGUUGGUGGAUUCAAAGGAUGGAUAAAUUGUCUGGCUAAAGUGUUUUGAGCACUGCCAUUGAAUUACCAUUUAAGUGACAUUACAAAGUCUUUCUCUUUGUGCUUUCUGUUUGCUUCAAAGUGCAGUUCCUCUUUGUGGAAGGUUGCGUGAACGAUGGGAAAACAAAACAGCAAACUGAAGCCCGAGGUACUGGCCGAUCUGAAAGAACAGACGCAGUUUACUGAGGUGGAACUGCAGGAGUGGUACAAGGGUUUUCUUAAGGACUGCCCGUCUGGUACCCUGUCCCUCGAGGAAUUCAAGAAAAUCUAUGGCAACUUCUUCCCGUAUGGCGACGCGUCGAAGUUUGCGGAGCACGUUUUUCGCACGUUUGAUAGCAACGGCGAUGGUACGAUCGACUUCCGCGAAUUCAUCUGCGCCCUCUCCGUGACCUCGCGCGGAAAACUCGAGCAGAAACUGAAAUGGGCGUUCAGCAUGUACGACCUUGAUGGUAACGGCUACAUCUCUAGACCCGAGAUGUUGGAGAUUGUCAGGGCCAUCUACAAGAUGGUGGGCUCUGUUAUGAAAAUGCCCGAAGAUGAAAGCACGCCGGAGAAACGGACUGACAAGAUUUUUAGGCAUUUCGAUGUAAAUCUGGAUGGAAAGCUUUCUUUAGCCGAGUUCAUCGAAGGAGCCAAAAGUGACCCUUCUAUCGUGCGCUUACUGCAGUGUGAGGGCGCUGGAUCCUCGACCUAGAGACGAAGUUAAUUGGUGUUCUCUUUUGUUACCCNCCCCCCCCCCGUCCCCCGCCUUUUCUUUAGAAGAAUAUGGGUUUUUGGGCUUCAUGAGCCUUGGCUAGACUUACCGUAUCUCCUGUUAAAUAUUUACUCUCGUGACACUUUUCCUCCUUGAAACGACAAAGCCAGCCGACAUGGAAAGAACUUGCAGCCUGUGGGUAGACUGUUCACCGAGCAUGUCAAGUUGGCUUAGCGCAGCUGACCUUUUGACGCAGGUAGUCAAAAGCUGGUUUCUUGUCAGGGCUUUGAACUUGGCGCUUGCAGUCUUUCAGAAAUAGACAAGUAGUUGUUUUUCAUCGUCAUACGAGUGUUUUUUUUUUUGAUCUUUGUAUGCAUCCUUAGGUAGUUGUCCUCGUAAGCAAUAUUAUUGUUUGUUUAAUACAGCCACGCAGAGAGAGUCCAUCUCUUUAUUCUUGGAAUCUGAUGAUGAUCUAGAGGACAAAGAUUGAAUCAUUAAACGGAGAUCGUGAGAGUAAUAUUUAUUUAUUUAUGUCGUUGAUUGAUUUGUGCUAGAUUAGAUGGUAUGUAGUUAGUUUUUCGAAAGUGGACCUUUUCUAAUGUAUUGAUGGAACCUCUCGACUUAACCGGCGCAAAAAGACUACCUUUGUACUUUAAACUUCAGUAAAUGUGUACCAUGUUUUUCGUAGAGCAGAGGUCUGUUUCUUUGGCUAUGGCACCUUACACGGAUUAAGAACGCAAUUUAGGGCUGUUUUGCUUUGCUUAUUUCUUGGAAAUUAGUAUUUUGCCUCGCAGAAUACUCAUUUUUAACGAUGUUUGUGUCGUGACACGCAAACGCACUCGUGACGUGUGACAAUUCCAUUCAGUAAGAUGAACAAGCACGGUUGUCGUCUAGAGGUUGUUAAGCAACCGUGCAUCUUGGCUGACGUAAAAAAUUUCUGAAUGUGUUCUUGCACUUUCUCUGAUUGAAUAAUAUCGAUCAGAUUCAUUUGGUAACCCCGAACUUUGACGAAGGUUUGUUGAACAACGUGACUUGUUCCAUCAGCUGUAGUGGUAGAUAGAUAGCCAUUUUAGUUUUUUCUUUUGAGGUAACUGAGUGAACCGAGACGGGUUGCACUAUGUUAUGCCGUACACUGUACCUGAGGAGAGCAUGUGUAUAAAUACACGCGGAAAUAUGUGACUGUUUCUCUCGAAAGAAUUGGACAGUUAUCUCAGGCGGUGUUAAAUGUUGAAUAAAAUGUCGUAACUCACUGA